AUGGGUGCCGCUUAUCACAUCAUGGGGAAAGCUAUCCCUCCACAUCAACUCGCAAUUGGAACAUUGGGGCUGCUAGGUUUAUUAGUUGUUCCAAAUCCUUUCAAAAGUGCAAAGCCAAAAUCUGUCGAUAUCAAAGCAGACAACAAGGACGAAGAGCGAUUCAUUGAAAACUACUUGAAGAAACACUCAGAAAGACAAGAAGCCUGA